AUGGGUAAUGGUCUCUUUCAAUUCCAAUUUGAAAGGGAGGAAGAUCUACUCCAAGUGUUGGAGAAAAGACCAUACCAUUUUGAUAGAUGGAUGGUUAUAGUCCAAAGAUGGGAGCCAACGCUGUCGAAAGCAUUUCCGUCCUUAAUCCCCUUCUGGAUAAAAAUCCAAGGAAUCCCCAUACACCUCUGGUCUGAAGGAAUAGCGACGAGUAUUGGAAAUGAUGUAGGGAUCUUUGAGAAAGCUGAAAUCACUCCACUGACCAUGCGCAUGCGGGCCCAUGUCAACGGCCUCCUUCCACUAAUCACCUCCACAGUAAUAGAGUAUCCCAAUGGAGAGGAAGUGACGGCAAGCUUAGUCUAUGAGAGACUGAAGAGGCAUUGUACAACUUGCUUGAGGCUGGAUCAUGAUAUUCAUGAUUGUUUGGAAGAAAAGGCAAAGAAACGUUUACUCAGAGCGUCUCAGGAGGCAGAUCGUAGUAAGCAAGCCUCCCAAACCUCAGUCAGAGAAGGUCGCGAAGCUAUGGAGCAGUCACCACGAGAUAAUACAAUCUACCAUUUCUCGGCCUCGAAUGGAGCAGAAUAUCGUGAGCGACGGUCCCACUAUGAUCAAGAACUGCAGGGCCGACGGCAGUAUAAACUGCAACCUAAGACAUGGAAGGAGAAGGAAGAGUACAUGAGAGCCAGUCAGGCUAGGGAACGCUCUCGCUACCUUGAGGAGUGCUACAAUGCACGCAGAAAGCCUUACAUGUGCAUAAUGUUGAGAGUAUCGGGAACAACAAUGCUUGGCCUUCAUUCUUGCUAG